CAAUAACGGACCAGGAAGUACAACGCCGAUGUAAACAGCUGUGAAAGCUGUUGUGACUCUCUACAAGAUGGUGUACGUGUCUAAUGGUCAGGUCUUGGACAGCAGGACCCAGUCACCGUGGAGACUGUCGUUACUGGUCGAUCUCUUCUGGGGAGCAGUGGAGUUUAUCGGCCUGUUCUUUAGGACAUUGGUCCACCCGGACCUGACAAGGGAGGGAAACAGUGGGUCGUCACGCUUCACUGAUGGCAGAGGUCCUCCUGGUCCCCCUGGUGGCAGAAGGCGGAUGGGAAGAGUAACCCACAAUGCAGGUCCUAAUGCUCCACCAAUGGGUGGAGGAGGAUGAGGAAGGUAAAUGCCUACACAUCCAGUGUAGGCGUGGGGCUCAGCCUGUCCGUUUGCUAGCAUAAAGAGAGAUGGUGAUGUUACGGUGCUGAAGCCCCUCCACCUCGGCUGCCGCUGCCACAAGCAGUUCCUUGACGCCUUUCUGGGAAUUCCUACUUGUAGGGGCCAGAAUGGCUGAUACAGCAGUCAGCUGCAUCAUUUCCUCCCUGUUCCUGCUUCUGUCCUUCCACAGUAGUUUCUUAGAGAUGUGCAUCACUGACAUCUCAGUGAUGGUAAUCCCUCCAGUGAAUCAUUACAUUAGCUUGUCUGUGUUUUGUACCCUUCUGUUUGAAUAAAAAUGUGCCCUGUUAUAACAUA